CGAGCACUACCUCGGUGGUGCCCCCCAUGCGAUACAGGCGACAUCGCGCAGCCUCCCCGCCCCGCACCUGCAGGCGAGCAGCCAGCAUGAGCUUGGCAAGACGUGACCAUGAGUGCCAGGACCCUGUGAUCUGAACCGUGUCUCCAGCUGACUUCACCGCAGCGAGGCCCCGUUGAUCCUGUACCAUGGAGGACUGCCUUCACACCUCCUCUGAAAACCUCUCCAAGCUGGUGAGCUGGGCCCACAGCCACGGGACCAUCUGCAGCCUCAUCCCCAACCUCAAGCACUUGCUUUCCGAGGGGGCCCACGGCAACCUGACGGCCAUGUGGGGUUGUAGCGCUGGCCAUGCUUACCACUGGCCCCUGGCUGCCACUUGCCGGGCUGGCUCCCAGGAGCGUGUCUGCUUCCAGGACAGCCGCAGCUUCAACUCAGACAGCCCCAGCAUGCUGGGGGUGCCCUCGGAGGCACAGGCCAGCCCCCUGGAGCGCUACCCGGGCCGGCCGGGGAAGGCCAAGCUGGAUUGCACCCGCACCCGCGACUCCUGUGACUUCUCCUACUGCAGCGAGCCGUCGGAGCUGGGCGAGCCCGUGGAGGAGUAUGAGGACGAGGCCACCCUCUUCGACAUGGUCUGCGAGUCCUCUGUCACCGACGAGGACAGCGACUUCGAACCGCACCCCCACCGGGCCCCCACCGGCCCCCGCAAGCGGCCGGCUGCCGGCCUGCCCACCGCUGCCCAGGCCCAGCCCGCCGACGAGGGUGGCGGCGAGGUGCUCCUCAAGAAGAUCAAGCAGGAGCUCCCCGAGGACUACUACAUUGUGGCCAAUGCUGAGCUGACGGCCGGUGCCGACGGGCCGGCCCUGGCCCUGACGCAGAUGUCCAAGCCCAAGCCACAGCCCCAGGCCGGGCCCUCCUGCAUGGGCCCCGCCAGGGCCCUGCCCCAGCUGGUGGCCGGCCCUGACCCCGACCCCCAGCGCCUCUCCGCCUCCCCCCCUGGCCCGCCCCGGCUGGCCACGCAGAGGCCACCCCGCGGACCCCUGGCCUCCCCGGCACGAGGGGCAGGCAGUGGCCCCGUGGUUGCCCUCCAAGUGCCAGCCACCAGCUCCAACGCCACCGCCACUGCUGGGAAACCCAUAAGCAUCCCCCUGUCAGCCCUGCAGCUGCCCGGUCAGGAGGAGCCACCAGCAGCUGAGGAGAACCUCCCGCCCGCCCCUCCGCUGGUCCCGGGUGGCGAGGUGGCUGGCUCGCCCUCAGUGAGUGCCGAGCCCGAGGUCAGCUCCAGCCAGCAGCAGCCCCACGCCGUCCCCACCGCCACCCCUGAGGCGGUGGCGCAGUCGAUGCCAGACCAGGAUGAGAGAGCGGCAGAGCUCAGCAGGGAGCAGAAUGAGAAGACCAUUCGCAGCACACAGACAGCUCUCCGCAAUUUCCGAGAGUUCCUGAUCUCCAAGUACCCUUCUGAGACUCGGGAGAUCUACGUCAUCCCCUGCAAAGAGCUGGAUGCCUACCUUGCUUCCUUCUUUGUGGAUGCCAGACAAAAGGAUGGGUCUGAAUACGAGCCAAACAGUCUGGCCAACUAUCAGUGUGGGCUGGAGAGGUAUCUUAAAGAGCACAGGUAUGGAUACAGUAUUACAAGGGAUAAGGAGUUCAAGAGGUCCCAGGAAGCUCUAAAGCAAAAGCAGAUAGAGCUGAGGUGUAAAGGAAAAGGAAACAAGCCACACAAAUCCAUGAAGCUCACCUUUGCUGAUGAGCUUAUCCUGCGCAAAAGAGGCUUGUUGAGCCGGUACAAUCCUGAAGGGCUGUUGAACCUUGUCUGGCUAAACAACACUAAGGCGUUUGGACACUGCACGGGUUUCCAUGGGUCCACCCUCAAGUGGGGAGACAUCCGGCUGCGGGUGACAGAGACCGGGUUGGAGUACCUGGAGUGGAUGGGGCCAGACAAUGGAGAUGUCAAUGCCAAAAGCAAGAGAGGCGGGACGGACUCCCGGGUGUAUGCCACCCAGCACUCCCCACAGACCUGCCCCGUGCAAGACUACAAGGAGUACGCCCAGAGGCGGCCUCCAGCCAUGCGCUACGAGGACGCGCCUUUUUACCUAUCCAUCAAACCUGUUGUCAACUUGGCCGCGCUUCACUGGUACAAUUGCCAAGCCCUGGGGAAAAACAAGCUUGCCAAGAUGGUAAAGACGAUGUGCGAGAAAGGCAACAUCCCCGGUCGGAAGACCAACUUCAGCGUCUACCAGAGCUGUAGCACCCUCUCAGAAGCGCAGAGCAACCAGCUGGUGCUGAUCUGCAAUAACUUGAGCCAGCAGGCUGCCCAGUCCAUGGCCAGCCACUCCAAUACUGGCAACUUCAUAGUGUCAGCAUCCUAUGACUCUUCCUCUGACACAGCUUGAAAGAGGGAUAUCACAUGAACACUUUUUUCUUCUCCUUUUUGUUUCAAGCGUUGAAUUUGUGCCCAAUAAUACACGUCAACUGUGAUUGUACACUAUUCCCCCAUAGC